UAUAAAUAUAUUUACACAUUAUUAAUAAUAAAACUUUUAAUUUAAUUUAAUUUUAAUUUCUGAACAUAAUGGCUGGAUUAGAACAAUCAUUAUUUCAAUUGAAAUUCACUGCUAAACAAUUAAAUAGACAAGCAGCUAAAGCAGCUAAGGAAGAAGUUCAAGAGAAGGCAAAAAUAAAAAAAGCAUUAAGUCAAGGUAAUAAUGAUAUUGCACAAUUAUAUGCACAAAAUGCCAUUAGAAAAUCUAAUGAACGAGUAAAUUUAUUAAGAUUAGCUUCAAGAAUUGAUGCGGUAGCUUCACGUGUUCAAACCGCGGUAACUAUGAAAUCAGUUACUGGUAAUAUGACCCAAGUUAUUAGAGGUAUGGAUAAAGCAUUACAAACAAUGAAUUUAGAAAGAAUAUCAUUAGUUAUGGAUAAAUUUGAAAAUCAAUUUGAAGAUUUAGAUGCAUCCACAAAUUAUUAUGAAUCGGCAACAAAUAAUGUUAAUGCAUUAACCACUCCACAAGAUCAAGUUGAUGAAUUAUUAAGUCAAGUAGCUGAUGAAGCAGGUAUAGAAAUGAAACAAGGAUUAAAUGAGACAAAAGUUGAAAUUGCUAGUCCACCAGUAAGUAAUAUGACUGAAGAAAAGGAAGAUCAAUUGGCUGAACGAUUAAGAGCUUUACGUAAUUAGGUAUAAGUAAAUAAUAAUAAUUUAUAUUAUAUGAAUUGAAUCUAUAGUAUACAUGAGAGAAAGAG